UAUCGUCAGACGGUCGUUGGCGCUGGGGUGUGUUCCGGCCGUCAAAACACACAGUGUGCGUGGUCCGUGCGCGACGAUGACUCAGCCGGUCACGAUGGUCGCCGUCGCGGUGCUUUUGCUCUUGUCCCGCAUGAGUUCAUCGCACAGCGCAAAAAUGAAUCAUCUGCAAGUGCUGGACAGCCUGUUGAAGAAGAACUACGACAGAAGGGCGACGCCAACCAAUCAUCUGAAUAACGCAACAACUGUUCACUGUGAACUGUACAUCCGGAGUUUUGGGUCCAUUAGUCCGGUUACCAUGGACUACGAAGUUGAUUUGUACCUACGACAAAAAUGGCAAGACGCCCGGCUGAAGCAUCCGGAUAUCACAGAGUCCCUAGACCUGAACGAUCCGAAUUUGGUGAAAGCCAUUUGGAAGCCGGAAGUGUAUUUCCCAAACGCUAAACACGCCGAGUUCCAAUUUGUCACCGUGCCCAACGUUCUCAUACGCAUAAAGCCCGAUGGUGACAUUCUCUACAUGCUCAGAUUAAAAUUGACAUUUUCAUGUAUGAUGGACCUAUCAAAGUUCCCUUUAGAUAACCAAAUUUGCACGAUGGAAGUGGCCAGCUUCUCAAAAACCAUAGAAGAACUUCGGCUGGAGUGGAAGACAACGAAUCCUGUGAUAAUGGCCAAGGGAUUGAGAAUGCCACAGUUUGAAAUUGUCGACAUCGUUCCAUCCGACUGCCAAGAGUCGUUUCAAAUAGGUAAUUACAGCUGUCUUGUGGCUCAGUUUUACUUGAGCCGGAGUGUCGGAUUCCAUUUAGUGCAGAGUUACUUGCCGACCAUGUUGAUAGUGGUCAUAUCAUGGGUAUCGUUCUGGAUGGACGUGGACUCUGUGCCGGGACGAACCACUUUGGGAGUGACCACGCUGUUGGCCGUAGGAUCGCAGUCUUCGGGCAUCCAGAGCGGCUUGCCCCAGGUCAGCUACGUUAAGGCCAUAGACGUGUGGAUGGGCACGUGCACGGCGUUUGUGUUCUGCGCUCUACUCGAGUUCACCGUGGUCAAUUACAUGUGGAGGAAACUCCGGCCGGACAUCCUGAGAUCGUUUUUAACGGAACCGGUCAACGGAGGAGCGGUUGCCAACUCGUUCGAUCAAGACAGGCCGCCGUCGCCGUCCAUUCCAAUCAGCUUGGUGAGAAAAAUCUUGCAUCAAGAAUGUGCUUACAUGUCGUCCACGGAAACCAACACGGCCUUGGCGAGAAAAAUCGACGAGUACUCCAGACUUUUGUUUCCGCUGGCUUUCAUAGCAUUCAACGCAUUGUAUUGGCCAUACUAUUUGCAAAACUAACAGCUUUUUUGCCAAAUCCAACGAGGAAAGACCAACUUUGAAAUGCUAUCAAAAUAUAUAUUAUUAAACCGUUUACCCGUUAAGAUACCUGUUAAUAUUGAAAGCGCAGGUAAAUUUGAUUUAAUGUUGUACCAGAAAUCUCUUUGAAAACACACUGUUAGAGAGACAAUAAAGGCAAUUAAACAAAAACAAUUAUUUUGAAAUAUCAUUGCGAUUGAUGGUAAUUGAAUUCCAUGAUUGUCAAACACGACCUACUCGAGAUGAUGUUCAAUUAUAAUUGAUUGUUGGAUUGGGUCUUAGAUUGGUUAGGGUCUUUCGAUUAAAAAGACUUCUUUGCCUAUCAACCAAUAAUUGCCAGGACGGAUCAUAGAGUAAAAAUCUAGAUUUAUCGAUCAUAUCUCAAUGGAUAAAUUCAUAUUAAAUCUAAUAAUAAUAUUUUGAAACUCACUAUUGUUGAGCUAAUUUUACUCCCCCCCCCCCGCCAUCCAUCCUAUACACGAUGUGUUGAUCAAUACAACCGAAAUUUGAUAUAAUAACAAUCUCCUUUAUAAUGUGUUAUGAUGAUUUUCAAAUUUAUUCACUGUACAUAAAACACUAUAAAAUUAAAAGGGAAAGUACUAUUAGGUUUGUCCUGUGUAAAAUUGAUUCGGUGAAUUAUUCCAAAACUUUGAGUAUUUAUUUAAUACAAAUCUAGAAAAAAAAAUUAGUAUUUUCGGACGAUAUGUGAAUUACAUUGUAAAACUACCUUCGUGUUUUCAGUUAAAAAUUUGAAACGCAAUAGAAAGUAAUUUAAAUUCUUAACAGAAUAAAAACAACCUUGAGAUGUUACCUUUAGCUGUUAUAAAUCAUCCUUAUCCUUUCCCGUAAGACAAAUUUCGUUUUAGUAUUUCGAAUAUAUGUAUCUAACAAUUUUGAAGAAUAAACCACAAACGUUACCCACACAAUCUAUAUAUUAUGCUUCUGUCAUUCAUAGAAGUAUUAUACUUAAUAUGAAAUCCAUUAUGAUUACCCAUAAAUUAUGUAACACUAUAUUUACCUAAUAUUUGAGUGUAAAUAAUAACAAUAAUAAUUCAUAAUGUGUAAAAAUGUAUCAAAAAUAAAAUUACCUAAUAUACAAAAAAAUAUAUAAAUAAAUAUAAUUUAUGACAAGUGAGAAGUGAAAACUUUUUGAAAAUAAAAUGUUGAAGUUGCGAAAUUUUCACACGUUGUGCAAAUGGCAACUUGUCGUUGUUAUUUUUUUUUCUAUAAUUAAUUCCACUUUUUAUCUAUAAUUAAUUAGUAGGUCGAAUCUCUGUUAUAAAAGUUUUGACAGGCAUAUUUAAAAUAUAAUACAUUUGUCGUAUGAAGCGACCCUUACACUCACAGUAAUAUUGAGUGGAUAAAAAUUGUGCAAUGUAAUUUUGAAGAAAUCAAAAAUAGUGUUGGAAUUUAAUUGCGAAAUCCGGCACAUAAGGGCCGCUUCAAUUUAAUGUACAACUGUAAUAGAAGAUUUUGUAAAAUAAUAUCCGUUAAACAAUUCUAUCCUGAGACCAAAAUAAUAUAUGAUGACAUUGUCUAAACACAGCAUAUCUUGAACAAACAUAGAUCAUAUUUAAAUAUCUAAUAACAAUGUGUUAUUAGAUAUAUUAAUGCAAUAUUCUUCUAUUAUACUAAAUCGUGAACACAGGAAUAUUAUGAUAAUAUAUUAUUCGUAUUUUCUAUGUACAUACCUACUACAUGUAUAAUUAUUAUUAUAAUAUUAAAAUGUUGUAUAAUAUUUUGUGGUAAUAAUAAUAUAACAUUGAAAGACACAUAAAGGGUACGACCAAUGGUAUUUUGCUUAAUUUAUUGUAUGAUUGUAAAACAAAAAUAUUACACAUUAUCGUCUAAGCUAUUGUAACCGUUAAGAUAUUUAUUGUGACGUUUAUUGUGUGACGGUUUAAUUUUAAGUUUGUUUUAUGUUAUACAAAUAUAUAUUAUAUUGUAAUAAAUUAAUUAUAUUUUAUUGCCAGAAUUAUUUUUAUACGUUUUUUUACGCUUGCAUACAGGAUGUCCAACUGUGAGUGUCACAAGAGUUAACCAAGAGACCAUAAUUUCUUCAGCAUUCAUUGCCAUUUGGUGGUUUUAUUAAUAUUUUACAAAAUUAUACAUACUACGA